AGUCAUGAUCCCGGGUUUCAGCCCUAAGCCCAUCGCUUAAAGAAAAAAAGAACUGCUUUCGAUGAAACCCCAACAAAACCCCACACCGAAAAAACGAAUCCUAGGGUUUGGUUGUUCGCCCCUAGAAUAAGUAGAAUUUUCCCAAGCUACUUCUCCUUCAAAUCCAGAGCUUCGAUAACUACUUCAAGGUUAUUCAAUUAGGAGAUAGCCCUGAAAUCGCGCUAAUUUGUAGCAAACACAAAUGGAAUUCGACGAGUACGAAUAUCUGGAGAAAGCUGUGGAGGAGCAAGAAGAUCGAGACACUUCGAAGAAGAACAAGAAGGAGAGUGCCACCGAGAAGAGCGAAAGGAGUUACAGAAAGAGAGAUGGGGAGAGAGAGGAAGACGAGGAAGACGAACGAAGCAGGAGCAAGAAAUCUAGGGGUGACGAGGACGAGAAUGGAGGGAGGAGGGAUCGGGAUAGGGAUCGUCAUCGAAGUAGCAGAGAGAAAGACCGCGAAAGGGAGAGGGAUAGGGAUAGGGACAAGGAUAGAGAUAGGGAAUCUGAGAGGGAGAAGGAUAGAGAUAGGGAUCGGGAAAGGAGUAGCAGGGAGAGAGAGAAGGAGAGGGACAGAAGGGAGAGGGAUAAGGAGAAAGAUAAGGAUAGGAGGGAGAGGGAGAGGGAUAGAGAGAAGGAGAGGGAGAAGGAAAGGAGAGAUAAGGAGAGAGAAAGGGAGAGGGAGAGGGAGAGGGAGAGAGAGAGGGAGAGAAGAAGCAGCAGUCGGUCUAGACGGGAAGAGAAGGAACGUGAGAGAGAGAGAGAAAUGAAAGAGAGAGAGCGUGACAUCGAGAUGAGAGAAAGCAGGCGAUUUAAGGACAAGAAAGAAACAGUGGAGCCUGAAGCUGAUCCUGAGAGGGACCAGAGAACUGUUUUUGCUUACCAGAUGCCUCUAAAGGCGACCGAGAGAGAUGUUUAUGAAUUCUUCUCUAAAGCGGGCAAGGUGAGGGAUGUGCGAUUGAUUAUGGACAGGAAUUCAAGACGAUCAAAAGGAGUUGGGUAUAUUGAAUUUUAUGAUGUUAUGUCUGUUCCAAUGGCAAUAGCUCUGUCUGGCCAACUGCUGCUUGGACAACCUGUAAUGGUUAAACCUUCUGAAGCUGAAAAGAAUCUAGUUCAAUCUAAUACCACUGCUGGGGCAGGUGCUGCUGGACCAUAUGGAGCUGUUGAUAGAAAACUCUAUGUUGGGAAUCUACAUUUCAACAUGACAGAAAUUCAACUUAGACAGAUUUUUGAGCCAUUUGGUCACGUGGAGCUUGUUCAACUGCCUCUUGACCUCGAGACAGGACAGUGUAAAGGUUUUGGGUUUGUCCAGUUUGCACAGCUUGAACACGCGAAAGCAGCACAAAGUGCUUUAAAUGGAAAGCUGGAGAUUGCUGGUCGAACCAUCAAGGUGUCAUCUGUUACAGAUCAUGUUGGGGCACAAGAUACUGCAGCAAAGUCUGCAGAUUUUGAUGACGAUGACGGGGGUGGCUUGUCUUUAAAUGCUCAAUCAAGAGCACUGCUUAUGGCAAAGCUGGAUCGUUCGGGUUUUGCCACGAGCAUUGCUGGCUCCCUUGGAGCGCCAGUGCUUAAUGGGUCAGCUGUAAAUCAACCAGCCAUGAGCUUGCCUAUUAAUGGACAAGCUGCAUUUCCUGCACCAAUGCUUCCUACAUCCAUUAUCCCUGGUCCAGCCUCAGAACCUGUUGGACAGCCUAGUGAGUGUCUACUGGUGAAGAAUAUGUUUGAUCCUGCCACUGAGACGGAACCAGAUUUUGACCUUGACAUUAAAGAGGAUGUGGAAGAAGAAUGUUCAAAGUAUGGCCGUGUAAAACAUAUAUAUGUAGACAAAAAUAGUGCUGGAUAUGUGUAUUUACGGUUUGAGUCUGUGGAAGCAUCUGCGGCUGCUCAACGUGCAAUGCAUAUGAGAUGGUUUGCACGUAGGUCGAUCUCAGCCAUAUUUCUGCAACCCCGCGAUUAUGAAGCCAAGUUCAAGGGUGGCAGUUGAGAUAGUGGUAGGCUGCUAGCUUAGCUUGACUCAGCAUUAAACUCCAGUACUUGUGGAGGAUGUCUUGGCCGGUAGCUUUUGUUUUUGUUUUUUAAAAUUGUGGUAGAAAUUGUUUUUCUUAUAGUGCACAUUGUGCAAUAUGUAUUAUGACAGCAUAUUUGUGUACCCUUUGCAGAAUUCUUAUGUAUAAUCAACCUUGAAAUCCAGCUACUUUUUCUUUUGUAAGUUCGGUUUUGAAUUGUUAUAUCUACAUGGUAUAAAAUGCACUUUCGACCUCUUAA